AUGUCAAGUGCUAUAUCAAGAGAAAGAGGUAAAGGAAAGCCGUACACUCAAGAUGCGUUGAAUGUUGGCGGUAGUCACCAUGCUGGUGCAUCCACAUUACCGAUGGGCGCUCCUCAGCCCUCAUUUGCUACGCCUACUAUUCCGAAUAUGCCCACACCCCAGCAAGAAUACGAUAUGACAAGUCCCACAAUGUGUUUACCAGUGGGCACAACGAUACAUCCGAUGGGAUACGGUAUGUCGUUUCUGCAGCACGGCGGCCAUUACGUGGCGAGACCAGGCAAUGGUCAGAUUAAUAAACCGCCCCUCUUUUAA